CCCACAAACUUUGUCUUAGAUUCGUAUCGUGUUUUCGGGUUGUGUCAGAAAUUCACACAUCUAACGAGAAAGAACAGGUUCGUUUACAUGACACACACCAACUUACCCACUCAAACCCUAUCUAUUUAAUCAACCUUAUCUCUUCCCCUUAUUCAUCUCCACAAAAUUCAAAACCCUAGCCCCCAUUUAGUUUUCCCUCAACACACACACAAUCUGGACAUCUAGAGAAAGCUUGAGAGUUGAAAGAAAGAGAGAGAGGCAAGAUGCAGUGAUGACGUCCGGCCGGCCACCUGGUCACGACGGCGCUGCGGUUGUGGUUUUCCGGUGAUGUUUUAGUGGCAGAAGGGUUGUGUGGGUGCGACCGGGGUUUAAGGUGACAACGGGAUGGGUGGUAAGGAGCAGGGGAGGCAACUGUGUGGUACUCAGCGGCUCGCGGAGGAGCGACGGCGGCGGUGCCGCCAAACUCGAGGGGAUGCACGACCACUGCAGUGGCGGUAUUUGGUGCGGUGGUGGAUUGAACACCGAUUUGAUAUUUAAACGCACAAGGUUGGACACCGAUUUGAAGAAACCCUAACCUAAUUGCAGUUUGGAGACAAGGAGGCAUGUUUCAAGGAUGACUAUUACUCCAAGGAGGAGUUAAAUACAUCAUCUAUCUGGUGGGUUAAUUACACUUCAUUUAUGUUUAGUUUCUGUAAUAUUCUAAUGAUACGUGGCUUAUGAUGACAUUAUCAUUGCAGUUCUUUAAAACACUUUCUUGUCAUCAUAUUAUGUCCACUGAAUUUGAAUAUGUAGGAGGUAUAAUAUUAUCAUAGGGUGUACAUAUUCAGACACCUUGUUCCCUAAAUCCACACCCUUCUAUACGCUUCGUAUAGGGCUAUACGAAGCGUAUAGGGUUGCUUUUCCCGACCAACUUCUGCACCUCGUACAACGUCACAUCAGUCAACUUAUACGGGGAGUCUAGGCCUGUACGAGGGGCCAAUACGAAGGCCCUUAGACGCCUCGUAUAGACCUAUACGAGGCGUCUUGGACUGACCGAUUUGACUAUGAAGGGACUAUGUCUGACAUGACUUAAAGGCAUACGGGGAGUAAAGACCUAUACGAGGCGUCUUUAGCUCCCAUAAAAUGCAACCUACAGUGCGUUCUUGGUCCACAUCCGAGGUUUCAACAAAAAACCACUCACAUUCUGUUUGUUUUUUUAUUUGUGUUUGCGUUAUUAUCAUCCCGGAGUGUUGAAAUGUCAUCAUAUUGGAACGGCAACUAUAUCUUCGGGCAAUAUUCUAGCGAAAACUGGGGGCACGAAAGCGUUCCGGUAACAGUUAUUAGCGUAAAUGUUAUAAUUACUUGUUGUUUUCGUUUAUUAUUUACUAAUGAUGAUACGGUUGUCUAUUUUGGAGGAGUCUGGCAUUCCCGAUUCUAAUGAGCAAGAGGAGGUUGUGUCUAGUAUACAAGGAAAACAAAACAGCCCGUUUCUAGAUUUGAACAAGCAUCCUCCUGUUGAUGAAACAGCCCCUGUAGAUGACUCAUACCCUGCUAGUGGAUACGGAGGAGACGGUGGAUACGGAGGAGACGGUGGAUACGGAGGACACGGUGGAUACGGAGGAGACGGUGGAUACGGAGGAGACCGUGGAUACGGAGGAGACCGUGGAUACGGAGGAGACGGUGGAUACGGAGGAGACGGUGGAUACGGAGGAGACCGUGGAUACGGAGGAGACGGUGGAUACGGAGGAGACGGUGGAUACGGAGGGGACGGUGGAUAUGGUGGAUACGGUGGAUACGGGGGAUACGGUGGAUACGGAGGAGACGGUGAUCAUCAGCAAUUCAUUUCCCCGGGCACUCCUUAUGUUCAUCAAAACAAUUCGGACGUUGGAGGAUAUGGUGGUUAUGGUGGAUAUGGUAGAUAUGGUAGUGAAGCACCUCCCAUUCUGGACAGUCUGUACUUAAAAAAGACGGUUUUCAACUCCUUAGAUGAACUAAAGAAACGGAUACAAGAAAUAGCAAAUGCGGAUGGUUUCGUUAUUGUCACCCGUCGAUCAAAGAAAAUCGGGGGAAGAACCGGGAGGGUAUGGCUUGAAUGUGAUCGUGGUGGUGAGCACCAGAGUACAGCAACACUUAGAAAAGCUGGAAGCAAAAAAACCGGUUGCCCGUUUUACCUGCUGGCUGUCCGAAACCACCCGUAUGAAACCUGGGAGAUAAAAGACGGAACAAUUGAACAUAACCACGAACUUUGUGAGGACCUGUCGGCCCACGCGUUUGUGCGAAGGUUUACUCCAAGCGAAAUGAAACUGAUCGAGCAGCUGACAGCUCAAAACAUGGAGCCGCGCAAAAUAUUUCAAACGAUAAGGAAGCAGGACCCCGACAGGUUUCAUGUUCAGAAAGACGUUCAAAACGUUGUAGCGAAGAUUAGAGCCGAACAAAGACAAGGAUUGACUCCCAUGCAGUCACUAGAAAAUGUGCUGAUGAAGAACGACUUUAUUUACGAGAUCCGGGAAGAACCCGGAACAGAGAUCGUAACAGAGAUCUUCUUUCUUCAUCGGGACUCGAGAGUCUUGUGGCGUGCAUUCCCCCACGUCAUGAUGAUCGAUGCAACGUACAAGACAAACAUAUACAAUAUGCCCUUUAUCCAGAUUGUUGGUAUGACGCCUACCAACAAAUCGUUUAUUAUCGCGCAUGCCGUUGUUAGUAAAGAACGGGGUGAUAACUUUGUGUGGGUGCUUGAGAGGGUUAAGGCAAUGUUGGAUGAAUGUAUGGAGCCACGUGUGAUUUUAACGGAUAGAGACCUAGCCCUUAUGGGCGCGUGUGCUAAAGUAUUUCCAGACGCCUCCAGGCUUCUUUGCAGGUGGCACAUACAACAGAAUGUUAUGAAGCACUGCAAGGGUGCCUUCACAGACGACGACUGGAAGACAUUUUUGUCAUUCUGGGGUUCAUUGAUUGAGUCUCCAUCCAUACCCAUCUACGACUACCACUUGCGCAACAUGCGAAAGCGACUUGUGGAGUGCAAACGUUCUAGAGUCUUCAAAUACGUGUACGAUAACUGGCUAAAAGACUACAAGGAGAUGUUUGUCUUUGCGUGGACUGAUAAGAGGCGCAACUUUGGUAAUCGUACUACAAACAGAGUUGAGAGCCAACAUGCCAACUUAAAGAGAUACGUCGAAGAUAGGAGCUCGCUGGACCGUAUAGUUGGUUGUGUCCGGGAUAUAGUUGAGACACAGUUCGGUGAAAUAAGGAAGACUUUUCGAGAAAGCAUCGAAAAAACAAUGAAACACCACAAACACCCGAUGUUUCAACACCUACUUGGAAAAGUAUCCCACAAAGCCCUUGACUUGUUGCAUGGAGAGGCAAUUAGGAGGCUAGAUGUCUUGGAGCGCUUUAAUUCAUCAUGUGGUUGCCAAAUGUGGCACAGCUGUGGGUUGCCCUGUGCUUGUAGGAUAGAAAAGUACAUGCGUGAAGAGCAUCCGAUUCAACUCGAAGACAUAGACGUCUUCUGGCGGAAACUUAACUUCCAAAGUUGUAAAUUGAUAGACGACUCCCUUGACGUGGUCGAAGAGCUAGAUGUUGUUAGACAACAAUUACAGUCGCACCCUCCAGCUCAGCAAAAAAGCCUGCUUUCAAAGAUUAAAGCGGUGUUGACUCCAACGAAAUCUACCAAGAAACCACCGGUUGUCCAACAAAAUACUCGUGGCCGACCAACAACAAAGCAGGUACAAGAAAGGUUGGACGAGGCCUCUCGUAUAGAUGAAGAAUUGAGGAGAAGCUCCUUCGGUGAUGCAAACACGUGCUUUGAAGGUUCACGACAAAGUAAGUACGAUAAACCUCGCCACAGCUCGUACGUUCCGUCUCAAGCCUCACAACAGUCGGUUAUAAGGUCCCAAAAACCCAAAGCGACCCUAAGCCGUUCAAAGAGUUCUAAGAAGAAAGAGACACGAGAUGAUCACGGUUUUCCUUUAAUCAUUGGGGACGAGUACGUGGGAAUCAUCGAACGGUUUAAGUCUGACAUUCCGCCAGUGUUCCAUCCGUACGUCUCGUGCAUACGAGAUGUGAUGCCGGACGGUCAUUGUGGGUUUCGGUCUGUGGCUGUGGGCUUAGGGAUGGAUCAGAGUUCAUGGGGGCGUAUUAGAAGGGACCUUGUCCAAGAAAUGGAUCAGAACGAAUCGAUCUGGUUCCCAAUAUUUGAAGCAUGGGCUGCAGGUUAUUUUUACACGCAUCGUCAGGGCCUAAUUUGGGAUUCAGUGGCCGGUUGUGGGGAGAAUCACUGGAUGGACUUCCCCUUUGCAGGACUUCUUAUUGCACAAACGUACGGUAUCGGGGUGCACCUGUUAACGACAACCAUGGGUGCGAGUUCCACUUACUUCCCAAUACUAAGUCCUCCGGCUAAUCAACAACCAUUAUUCAUAACGCUUACACAUGUUAACGAGAACCACUUCAUACAUGUUAAGCUGGAAGGGGAUUAUCCUAUGCCACCAGCACACGGGCUAUGGUUGACCCACCGAAGACCCCACACAGAACAAUGGGAAGAUAUGUACUUGCCACGUCUAGAAUGGUAUACAUCGAUAAUGAAUCCUCGACCAAGAUCAAACCCCAGUCUUAAUUACAUAGAUAGUUACACGGAAGAAUGAUUUUUGUAAUUAAUAGUAUUUUUUUGGAAUUAAUAGAAUUUUUUUGUAA